UAUUUGAAAGUGUCAGCGGCGUGCUUCUAGCCCUAAAAUGGGAAGCAAUUAUAGGCAAUAGGUAGCAGACCUUUGCUAGGGACAAAAUGAGCCUGGCCAAGCUGCUACUAGCGCGAGAGACCGAAAAUGGGGCGACAGGCAGGGCCUCGCGCAAGGCAGUCGGGGCCGCACUUGAAUGCUGGGCUGAGAGCGAUUUCCUAAGGCACGCUACAUCAGAAUAUGUGGAUUUUCGCCCAUCACCACGUUCGACAAUCGCUGCGGUCUUCAGCCCUGACGGACGGCACCUCGCGUCCACACAUGGUGACCACACGGUCAAGGUUACCGAUGUCGCGUCGGGGAGGUUGAUCCACUCACUGCAAGGCCACCGCCGGACUCCCUGGGUGGUCCGCUUCAGCCCAACGGACCCCGAUGUGAUGGCCAGUGGCUCACUGGAUUUCACAGCGGUCGUGUGGAGGAUCAGCACGGGUCAGCCAAUUGCCAAGCAUGAUUUUGGCAAGCCCAUUGCCUCCCUGGCCUUCGACCCGUCUGGUAUGGUGCUAGUGGUCACGGCUGGGCACAAACUCUACUCCUGGCAGUACGCGCAAACGGCGGUGCCAGUGAAGAUCCUCAAAACACGCCGCUCGCUCCGCGCGCUGCACUUUCACCCCACCGCGCCGCACAUCCUGCUCACCGCCGAGGUGACCGAGCGCCGCGCGGGUCCUGGCGGCGCCGACGGCGCUGGGCCGGUGGCAGUGCCAUUGCCACCCGGAGCCGUGGCAGGCCUGGCGCUGGUGCCGCGGGCGGCUUCAGCAGGCCGGGCGCCGGGCACUGCACGCGAAGGUCGGGCGGAGGGGCAGUCGAUGCAUCCGCAGCACGCGCAGCAGGGCGGCGGCGGCGGGUCGGGUGGCGCUGCUGGCGACGUGUCCAUGGAUGGGCCUGACCCGGCACCAGAGGAGGACCCACAGGAUGCUGUGGACGAGCUGUCUGCCUUCAUCGCUGCGCACAACAGCAGCUUGGGGGCGCUGCCGCUGCGCUUCUUCCACCAGCGCCACCCGCAACCACAGCCGCAGCCGCCCGGCCGUCCGCAGCAGCAACACGCCAAUGCGGGGCUCGGGGCAGGGCAGGGGCAGGGGCAGGCAGUCGUACGACACCAGGCCCAGGCAUCCGGCGCGGGCGGAGCAGGCGGAGGAAGAGCGGGUAACGGAGCUGCGACCGGGGCCGGGACCGGGGCUGCGCACCCGUCGGUGUGGUCGGUUGUGGCGCCAGCAGCCCCCGUAGCGCACGAGGCAGGUGCUGCAGCGGCAGGCGACGGCAGCCAUGCGCAUAAUGAAGGAGCAGCAGCGGCGGCUGGUGCUGGAGGUGGCGGCGGCGCCGGCGCCGGCGGCUCGGGGGCCGCACUGGGCUUGGCGGCGGCGUGGCCCAUGGGCCUGCUGCGUAAUCUGCUUACGGGCGUCACGGGCGUCAUCUCCGGGGCCGCCAGCAGCUUGGGCGUGGGGGGUGCCGGCGGAGGUGCUGCUGCUGGUGGAGGCGGAGGCGGCAGUGAUAGCGUGCAGGCGCACGUAGGGGCUGCUGGCCAUGCAGCUGGAGGUGGGGGCGGCAGUGGAGGCGUGAGCAUGGGUGGGCCGGGGGCUGUCGCAGGAGCUGGCGGGGCGCCGUCCGUGACCGCGGUGGGAGGGGCGGCGCCCGGGACGGGCGCUGCGGACGGAGGGGGGCCGGCGCAGGCGCGGGCCGCGGGCGGCGGCGAGGCCAAUGUUGUGGCGGCAGCGGCGGCAGUUGCUGGCUCGCGACUGAGCGUGCUGUCGCCUGUGGACGUGAUCCGGCACCAGAGCUUGGGUGGCGGGCUACGGCACGCCAUCCCGCUCGUAGCGCCCGCCGUGCCGCCGCUGCCACCGCCGUCGCUGCCGCCGCCACUACAGCACCUUCGCGGCUCUGGCCCGCUGACGCCGGCGAUGCAGCACCUGUCGCUUCAGAACGGCGGUGUGGCGGCGCAGGCGCUGCAGGCACACCACCACCAGGCCGCACCGGACGGCACACAUGCGCCCCCGGAUGCCUACGCGGUACACAUGGCGGCGGCCGCGGCGGCGGCGGACGCCCACGUAGCUCCGUACGAGCUGACGUGGGGCUGGGACCACCGGGCGGAGCUGGGCCCGGACGAGCUGGAGCGCGCGCGGCAGCACGCGGUCGUGUCUACGCCCGACCUGCCUCCCGCCGCCAACCACGACACGCCCUGCAUCGUGACGGUGCGGCUGUGGGAGUUCCGCGACCCGAGCCGCGAGCUGCGCCGGGAGCUGCUGGUGCUGCCUCGCGUAGUGCUGUGCAGCGAGAUGGGUGUGCACAUCAGUCCUUGCGGCCGCUACAUGGUGUGCUGCGUGGUGCGCGACAGCCCCAGUGAGGCCUGCAGCCAGUGGCAGGCGGAUCAGCAGGCGGCGCGGCACGCGGCAGUGGACAGGGCCGCCGCCGCCACGCGCACGCACGCGGCGCGCACGGAGCCGUCCUCGCCCGACGGCGCCGCUGUAGCCACGGCCGUCGCGCCCAUGCAGUGUGAUACGGAGGACGGCGGAGACGAGGCCGGGGACUUGCGGGCGGCCGACGGGCAUCAUGCGGUGGUGGUGGGGGGCCAAGCCGCUGCUGCUGCGCCGGCGGCGACUGGAGAUGGAGACGGAGGUGGAGGUGGAAGCGGCGGCGGUGCUGGUAUCUGCGGUGUGGAGGCUGCACGUGUGGACUCGUGUCGCAGCGUUGACAUGGCGGAUGCAGGGCCUGCAGGGCACGAGCCCAGCGGUAGCGUGCAGGCAAUGGCUGGCGGCUGCGCCGCUGGGCCACACGGCGAGCCGUCCGUCGCAUGGCACGGCGGUGGCGGUAGCGGCGGCGGCGGGGCAGGGAUGGAGGACGCCCAAAUGCAUGACGACACGGCAACGCAGGCCUGUUGUCAGGAGCGGGAAGCCGCCGCGCAGCCGGGCGCCUCCUCCGCCGGUCCUCAGGGCGCAGUCGGCUGCGGUGCUGGUGCGGGCCUCGGUGUCGCCGCGGAGAGCGGCUUGGCAAAGCUUGGCAAGCAGCCCAGUGGCCGCCGCAGGCGGGCCCGCGGCCGUGGUGCCGGGUCUGGCGCCGGCGCCGGCGCCGGUGCCGGUGCCGGCUCCAGCGCGGGUGCGGGGCCGGCCGGGCCUUGUGGUGUGCAUCAGCUCCUGGUGGCGCAGGAGGAGGAGGGGCACCCGGUUGAGGAGGGGGUCGGUGUGGGGGCAUGUGAGGCGGACGGCGGCAGGCUCGGCGUCGCGGCAGACGGGGAGUUGGAGGCGGGGGCCGGGGAGGCCAGUGCGGCGGGGCCGCAGCACACGGUGGAGCGGGCGGCUGCGAGGACGGCGGCAUCCAGGCCGGGCGGGGACGUGGGCGUUGGCGUUGGCGCUGGGGAGUACGACUCAGCCGGGGCCGCCGCGUGUAGGCGCAUGAGCGCAGCGGCGGCGGCCUCGGUCUCCAUGUCAGGCCCCAAUCCUGGUUCGGGCCAGGCAGCGGCGGCAGCGGCGGCACAGCAGGCCCCGGACCACCACCCCCGGCGUCACAGCCACACCCAUCACCACGGUCACCCUCACCAACAGGGGCAGGGGCAGGGCGAAACGGGCUCGGCCGCUGGGGCUGCGGCACAGGGAGGGGCCGCCCCCGCUGGCCCUUCCCGGCCGCCGCUGCCUCCAGCAGCCGCUCCCGCUGCUGCCGGCGCCCCUGGCAGCCACCAGCCUCAACAGCUUCAUUCCCAGCAGCCCGAACCCCUGGCCGCGCCCCAGCCCCAGCCGCCACAACAGCCCCAGUCUCCCGGGGAAGGUGCCACGCCGCAUAUGUUUGCCUCCAUAAAAGAAAAGCUGGCGCAGCAGCGGAGCCUGGACGAGGCCGCGGGGGCGCGCUCCGUGGCCGUCGCGGAAUGGGCCCCAGCGGCGCCGGGUGCAGGGGCAGGGGCAGGGGCGGGUGCCGCGCGCGGUGCUCACCAGGCGGCGGCGCCGCUGACUGAGGAGCUGAGCCCGGUGGUGUGCGAGCGGGCUGCAGCUGACAGCGGCGCAGCUGCCGCCACCAUGCCGCCACACUGGGCCGUUCCCGGGCGGGAAGCCGGCACGCCGAUGGGUGCGGCUGCGGCUGCCGGGCACGCUGGCGGGGACGCAGUGACCACUGCGGCGCGGCCCCAGGCGCAACCGGCGGCAACCGCCGCCGCCCAGAAAGCGUCCGGGCAUGCCAGCGGUCCCUUCUACGAGCUGUGCAUCUUCUACACAGGCGCCUCGCCUAUGGCCCCCUCCAACGCCGCGCCGGCCAUGCCCACGCCCACGCCCUCCACAUCCGCGGCGAGCGUUGCCUUCCCCGCCGCUGGCAGCGGCGCCGCCGCCAGCAGCCGCGCCGCGGCGGCGGCGGCCACGGGCGCCGCCGCCGUGGGGCCCCACUUCGGCGCGCUGCUGCACGCGCGGCCGGUGCUGGCGGCGCACUGCAUGACGUCGCUGCAGUUCAGCCCCACGGGCCGGCACGUGCUCGUGUCGUACGGCCGCCGCCACAUCAGCCUGUGCAGCUUGGUGGCGUGUGCGGAGCAGCUGGCGGCGGUGCACAGCGUGGUGGAGGUGUACAGUGUACCGGACAUGGUGCUGCGGCGUGUGCUGCUCAGUACCGAGGACGAGGUGAACGUGGCGGUAUUCAACGCCUUCCCCGGCGGGGGCAUGGCGUACGGCACAAAGGAGGGGCGGCUGAGGCUGCUGCGAUACGACAGGCGGCCACCACUGCGCAGUGUCAUUCCAUUCAUGCCGCUGCCGGGCUCCGACUCCGCUGACGGCGGCGCCCCGAGAGGCGCGGACGGCGCAGCCACGGGCCUCGCGGAGGACGAAGACGAGCUGGAUCUGGGUUUGGAUCAGGCGUUAUGGAACGGGGCGGUUCCGCUGGCAGGAACCGGUGACCCACAUGAUGGACAUCCCUCUUUCUUCACCCGCUUCCCCUGAACGACCACUUUCUCUGUGUAAGAGAUAGGGAGCGCAGGCGGCAGGCAGCAGGGCGGUGGCGGCGGGCGUGGGGCCCAACGGUGGCACGGCACAGGCGCAGCCAUUGCAGGGCAAAUGUCUAGCAGGGGCAGAAGGGGAUCUUAGAUAGCCUCGCGCGCUUGUCUGUGGUGAUAAGACCCGGGACAUGCGCUCGGUGUGAUUGCGGAGUACUUGAGCGUAAGCCUAGAGGCUACAGUAGCGUGGCGUGCCGUUUUUGCUUGCUCAAACCAGAAGGCCAUGCAUUUACAGCUGUAGGUAGGCAGAAUAGGAGGGCAAGUAGGAGGUCCUUUGCGCUGCGGUGUGGGCAAAGACGACGCCGUGCUUGGACAUUUGGCAGGACCGUGCCAGGGCGGUGUGAAAUUGCUUGUGGGGCAGACCGCCAGGAGGUUGCAGGUGAUGGCGUGACCUGUUUUUGGCGCAGUGUGGAGUGACAGGUAGCGUAUAGUAGUUAUGGACUUGACAUACAGCGCAGAACUGAUGCCCUCAUGGUGUUUCUUUGUGAUGCCAUUUCUACAUGUCCAUUGCGUGGAUGUGCCUUCAUGUGUCCCUGUAGGCGUGAGAGUGUACGGGUUAUGGCAUUCAUUGUCGCCAGCAACGGACGACACACAACAAGCAUGUAACUUCAAUGUUGGUGGGCCCAGUCGACGGACGGCAUUCAGUUUUGCUCAACGGCAAGGGGGCGAAGCACCGUGCGCAAUCAGCGCACACGCAUGCUCCAGAAGCCCUAGAGAUGCUCUUCUUUUUGCCGUCUUUUUCCCUAGAUAAGCUCAGGUGCUCGUUGCUAAUGAGUGGUCGUAAGAGCUGUUUGCGAGAUGUCUGCGUCUGUUAAAUGUGCAAAAUGAGCACGGCGCGAUGCUUUUAUCCGGUGGUGGGGACAGGGGUCGGCGCCCAUGCAGGCGACACGCGCCCAAUCCCGAGCCUCCCUCCUCGCCUUCACCUUGUUCCUGGACCUGCGCCAUCCGUGUCCCGCUGUUUCAUUUCCUCGUUUCAU